GCCCGUUCCCGCGCGGCCCAGGCUCCCGCGCGCGCCGCCGGCCAGCAGGUUGAGACCACCGUGGCGCAGCCAUUGGGCCCAGGCCGCGCCGCGAGUUUGUCAACGCGCUCCGGCCAUCGAGCCUUAUGUGAGUUCCACGGGUAGCAACCCGUGCCAUGGGGCCAAAGCGCGCCGUCAACGACGACACAUUCGGCGGUGAUUCGGCCACCAUCCGUGCCGACUGGAGCCCGGACGUUACUCAGCAGGAGGCGUUCGAGCGGGAGAAGAAGGAGCACCAGAAGCGCGAGGCCCGCGUGAAGGAACGAGGGCAACAGCAGCAGGCGGCCCCGCCCAGCGGGCCUCCCGCGACGCAGCCGUCCCCAGCGGCGGCCGCUGCAGCACCGCAAGCGCAGCCGCGGUCACCGGCGGGGCUCGGUGGCGUGGUGCCGCCCCCGGGCCUGGCCGCCCCGGACCACGCCGGCGCGCCCAGCUACGCGCCGCCGCUGCCCCUGCCGCCCCUGGGCGCCCAGGUGCCCCCGCCGCUGGGCCUCGCGCCGUGGGGCCUCGGCGGGCUGCCGCCGGUGCCCGGCGCCCCCGGCCGCCCGCCCCUGCUGCACGACUGGGCGCACGACUGGGCGCGGGGCUUCGCGCCGGGGCCGCCGCCGGCCAGCCUGCCGCCCUUCCCGGGAGCCCUCGAGUACGGCCCGCUGCCGCCGCAUCCGGGGCUGUCGCCCGCCAGCCGCCAGGCGCCGGCGGGGCCGGGCGGGGCGCCCUCUGCGGCGCCGCAGGCUUCGGGCUCGGGGCAGGGGCGCCCGGGCGCGGCCUCGCCCCGGGGCGCCGCAGGGGCGGAGCUGGCCGAGAGCCGCAGCGCUCCCCCGGCGGCGGCAGCGGUGGAGGAUGCGGUCAGGCAGCACGCCGCAGCGCGGCUUGCCGCCGCCAUGCAGCACGCCACGGCGGCGCAGCACGCCGCCGCGGCGCAGCACGCGGCCAUGCGCCACAACGCUGCCAUGCAGCAUGCCGCCGCGGUGCACCACGCAGCCAUGCGGUAUGCCGUUGAGCACCAGCGCCACGUCGCGGCGGCGGCAGAAGCGGCCGCGGCGGCAGACCGCGCGCACGGCAACGCUGCGCCGCCGGGCUUGCAGGCCGCGCCGUCGUUGUCCAUGGGCGCGCUGGAGCAGCAGAUGCUGCAGGUCGCUCGGGGCUUCUCGGCGCAUGCGGCCCAGCUCCCCGCAGGGCACCUGGCGGACUUGGGCCGACAAGCCGCGCAGGCGCUUCAGACCCACACCCGACCGCGAACGCCAGGCUCGCCAGCCCUGACGCUCGCGGAGGUGGAGCAGAAGAUGAUCGAGGCGGCGCAGCAGCUCGAGGAGUCGGGCACCGCGAGCGAGCAGCUGCAAGAUGCAAGGGUGGCACCCUUCACCCUGGCCCACCGCGAUAUUAUCACCGGCGCCGCGCCGGACCACGGGCACGUGGCGGGGCAGUUCGAGCAGGACGCGUCCAGGCUCCCGGGCCACGACCAGCUGAUGACGCGGGCGGACGUGGACUUCGUGGUGAAGGUCCAGCUCAACCAGAUCGCGGCCGUGGGCUACGGCUCCGCGAGCCAGCACCGCGCCCCCCUGCCCCCCAGCGCCGAAGAAAGCGACGAGCACGCAGUGCCCGACGCCCUCGCGCUCGCCCGGCUCCGGGAGCUGCUGCACGGGGACCCCGCGGACGAGCCCGCCGCGGCCGGCGAGGAGGGCCCGCCCCCCUCGGCCGAGGGGGCGGCGGGGCCGGGCGAGGAGCCCCCGGCCGAGGGGGCGGCGGGCGCGCGGCCGCGGCCGGCGCCGCUCUCGGAGCAGGCGGCCCGGGAGCGGGCGGAGGCGAGCGAGGGCGCCCCCGCCUCCAAGAGGUCCCCGGCGGUGAAGCCCUUCGGCUCCCAGAGCUACGCGUCCCCCGCCGGCAUGCGGCGCAGCCUCGACAUCUCCGGCCCGGCCGCCGCGGCGGAGGGCGGCGCCGCAGCGGACGGGGGCGCGGCGGGGGGCGCGGCCUCGGCGGCGGAGGCGGCGGGGCCGCGCGCGGGCGCGGCGCUCGGCGUCGCCUUCCGGGGCUGGGGCGCGCAGCUGUUCGUGGAGCGCGCCUACGAGGCGCUGCUGGACCUGGAGGGUCUGAACGGGAAGCUGGCGCAGGCGCCCAGGCUGCCCGAGGACGACGCGCACGAGCGGCUGCUUGCGGAGCGCGCCAGGGCGGUCGCCCGGGUCUCGCAGGCCUUCUUCGGCCACGGCGCCCCGUCGGGCAGCGCCCGUGUUGUUCCAGAGGGCGGCGCCGUGCCGAUGUCGUCCGUGCUGGCGCUGCGCAAGGGCCGGGUGCUAAUGCACCGCCUGCUCCGCUGCCUGGCGCCGGCUCCGCCAGCGUCGAGGCCCGCAUCCCCGGCGUCCGCGCCCGAAGGAGGGCAGCCACCACCCGGAGGGAGCGGCCAGGCGUCCCCGGCGGCGGCGGCGCCCUCGCCGCCGAGCCCGCGCUCCGCCCUCGCGGUGGGGGUGCUGUGGCGCCUUGUCGCGGCGCUCCUGCGGGAGCGCGACGCUGUGUGGGGGCACAAGGCCGCGGUCUGCGCGGACGGCGACGACAGCCUGCACCAGCUGCGAGGCGCCCUCGUGCGCAGCGUGGGCAUCGCAGCCGGCCGCGACGCCUCCGAGGCGCCCCACGGCGACCUCGUCGCCGAGGCGGCCCUGGCGCUGGUGGCAACGAGCGGAG